AUGCUCCCCCCGCCAGUGCCUCCGCGACGUGGGGCCCCCCCCGGCCCGGCGGCCCACCCGGUGUCGGUGACUACCGAGCCCCUGUCGACUUCGCCGCCGCCGCCGGCGGUGCCCGCGUCGCCCGUGGCCACGGCCGCCGCUGUGGCCGCCGCCGCCACCACCGCCCCCCCCUCGGCCUCUGUCUCGCCGAGCGCCAUGGCCGCGCCGGCCCCCUCCCCGGCACCUGUGCGGAACUUCGGCCCCGGGACCCCGCUCGGGGUCCAGCGUUUUGCGCGGCCCGCGCCGCCGGUCACCGCCCGGCCGGCUACCCAGCGCCCCGGCGAGUCGGAGGAGGGAGCCGCUGUGGCGGCCGCCGAGGAGCCAAGCGCCCCGGCGGUCGGGACCCCGCCCAAGCCGGGCCUCAUCCCGGCAUCCGUGUCGUCGCCCUUCCACAACAGCCCGCUGAUGCUCAACCCCCGCGAGGUGGCGCCGGCGCCCGAGACGGCCCCCAUCCCGCCCCCGAGCCCGGUGGCCGUGGCGGCGGCGGCGGCGGCGGCGGCGGCGGCCACGACGGCCGCCGCGGUCCCGGCCCCGGCCCCGGCCCCGGCCCCCUCCGGCCCGAUCGAGCACGUCCCCGUGCCGACCUCCUUCGCCACCAGUGCCCAGAAAAAGAUCAUCUACGAGAUUUACACCACCGAGCAGACAUAUGUGUCGGUGCUGCAGACGAUCCUCCAGUGCUUCCUGAUGCCGCUGCGGGUGGUGGCCGGCAUGACCACCACCCCCUCGGCCUCCGGGGACCUCAGCAGCCUGAGGACGUCGUCCUCCAUCGGGUCCUUCGAUUCGGCCAGCAGCGGGGCCACUUCCGGCAGGCGGUCCUCCUCGGUGGUCAGCAUCGGCCCGAAGGACUUCGGCCCGCCGCCGGGCAUGCCGCUCGGCUGGAUGACCGAGGCCGAGGUCCUGUCGAUCUUCGCCAAUGUCGAGCGCAUCUACGACUUCCAUGUGGAGGUCCUGGCGAAAAUGUCCCAUGCCCUGCACCAAUGGGACGAUGAGAAUGGGGCUCGGAUUUUCGGCGAGUGCCUGUCCCAGCUGCUCCCGCGCUUUCCGCUGCUGUAUCCGGUGUACUGCAACAACUUUGACAGUGCCAUCGCCGACUUGACCCACUUGGAGAAGCGCCGGCGCGAGCUGAAGGACUUCCUGGCCGACGCCUAUGCCCAGCCGCGCUGUGCCAACCUCACCCUCAACAGCCUGCUGCUGACGCCGGUCCAGCGGAUUACCCGGUGUCCGUUGCUCUUCCGCGAGCUGCUGGACAAGACGUCGGCCGGGUCGGCCGGGCAGGAGUCCCUGAGCGCGGUGCAUGCGCGCUUCGUCGACAUGGCGGCCGAUGUCAAUCGGUCCAUGCAGGAGAGCGAGUCGGCCCGGCGCUUGCAGGAAAUCAGCACCAACAUCAAGGGGCUGGCGUCGCUCCUGUCAAGCGAGCGCGGUCGGUCUCUCAUCCGCGAUGGCCCGCUGGCGCUGACCACCCCGCGCAAGCCCUAUCGAGCCUUGCUCUUCAAGGACUGCCUGGUUUUCGCCCUCACCACCUCCCUCAACCAGGCCGACGUGGAGCUGGUCCUGCCGGUGGACGUGCUGUGGGUGGACGAUCUGGUGGAUUUGGAUCCGCAAACCAAUAACCAUGAUGCCAUUGAGAUCUUCACCCCGGAGCGCCCAUACACCAUUUACGCCGGGACGGCCAACAACAAGCGCCUGUGGCUGGCCGCCCUGCGCAAGACCAUCGCCGCCUCUCUCAAUGUGCCUGAGAACCAGCUCCGCAAGCGCAUUGGCCGGACCUUCAAGUACCGCGACGGGUCCGUGUAUGAGGGCGACUUUGAGAAUGGUCGUCGCCAUGGGACCGGCCGCCUGGUGUACCAGGACCACACCGUGUAUGAGGGCCAGUGGCGCAAUGACCUGCGCCAUGGCUGCGGCAAGAUGACCUACAGCACCAGCGAAGAGUAUGAAGGCAACUGGAAGCGCGAUCUUCAGCAUGGCCAUGGCAAGCUUACCCUCACGGAUGACAACAUCUUCGAGGGGAACUGGCGCCGCGGCCAGAAGGAUGGCCCGUGCACCAUUUCCUUUGCCAAUGGCGACAUGUUCACCGGCUUCAUGAAGAAUGACAUGAUCGAGGGCGCCGGCACGCUGGUGUGCACCAAUGGCGCGUCCUAUCGGGGGCCCUUCCGUCAGUCGCUUUUCGACGGGCCGAAUGCCGAACUGGUCUACCCGAAUGGCGAGAAGUAUGUCGGGCCCUUCAAGGCCGGCCUGCGUCAUGGCCCCAACGGCACGAUGACCUAUGCCGACGGCUCCGUGUAUCAUGGGGAUUGGCGCUCGGACCAGCGCCAGGGCAUCGGCCGCCUGGACGGGCCGCUGCCGGAGGAAUUCUACCAGGGUGGCUGGCUGUCAGAUCUGCGCCACCACCAUGGCGAGCAGCUCUACGCAAAUGGCGACCACUAUGAGGGGUCGUUUGCUUUCGAUGUGCGCUCCGGCGAUGGGAUCUGCAUUUACUCCACCAAGAUCACGUACGAUGGCCAGUGGCAGGACGAUCUGUUCCACGGCACCGGCGAGUGGCGGCACCCCCGGGGCCACAUCUACAUCGGGGAGUUCCACCUGGGCCGGCGCCACGGACAUGGGCAGCUCAUCAGCCCGGACGGAUCGAACUACGAGGGCGCCUUCAAGAACGGCCAGAAGGACGGCUCCGGCACCGAGCAUCUUGUGGUUUCCUCCUACUCCGGCACCUUUGCCCUGGGGAAGCGCCAUGGCCGCGGGGUCUGGUCUUCCACCUCGACGCGGUACACCGGCGACUGGACAUAUGGCCGGCGCAAUGGCCGCGGUGUGCUCAACACCGAGUCCGGCAAAUACGAAGGCCCCUUCCUGGAUGACUUGCGCGACAGCACCGCUCAGUCAGCCCUGCCGGCGUCCAGCGGCUCGCACCACUCGGGCUCCGGCGACGCCAAGGCCCCGCCCUCCUUCACCACGCUGGUUGGCACCCGGAUCAGCGGCCCCUGGAAGGGCGACCACCAGGCAGACCGCCACACGGUCAAGUUCAUCCACGGUCGCACGGAUCUGGUGGUGUACAAGUACUGCCUGACCAGCACCGACCCCUCGGACACAUCGACGGGCGGGGUUCUCCGGCCGCCGCUGGCCCCCACCAUCCCGAGCAUCCUUCGGCCUGGUGUCACUCACGGGUGAUGUUUGUUUGUUUGUUUUUCGGCCUGACGUUAUACCUCCCCCCCCCC